AUGGAAGGGAUUAGGAGAACUUUAAUGAUGGAUGGUUGCUUUGCAGUUGAUUGUGUGGGACUAAGUGGUGGUAUUGCUCUCCUAUGGAAAGAUAAAUGGAAUGUCAAAUUAAUUAAUUACACUAGAUGGCAUAUCAGUGCACUGAUUCAGGAAGAUGAUUGUGGACCAACAUGGCAAUUUACUGGUUUUUAUGGUCACCCAGAUACUGGAAAAAGAAAAGGCAGUUGGCAACUUUUGAAAAUGAUCAAACCCUCUAGGCCCUUGGCCUGGCUGUGCUCUGGAGACUUCAAUGAAAUCCUUCACCAAAAGGAGAAAAUGGGUGGAGCAAGCAGACCCUAUAAACAAAUUGAGGAUUUUAGGAAAGCAGUUGAAUUUUGUGGCCUUAAUGACAUUCACUCACAGGGACUAAGCUUUACAUGGUCUAACAAUAGGGCUGGCAGGGAAUUCACAAAGGAAAAGAUUGAUAGAGCAAUGGGAAACAAGGAAUGGAAUGAUAUUUUCAAACAUAGCUCGUGCACUGCUCUUGCAGCAGUUAAAUCUGACCAUUCACCACUCCUCAUUGAAACAUGCAGAACAAGUCACAAGAGAAGGAAAAGAAGAGUGUGCUUCAGAUACGAGAUGGCAUGGGAGUUAAAGGAAGAAUGCCAUAAGGUAGUCAGUGAGGCAUGGAGGAGGGACAAUAGAUCAAGUUAUGAGGACAGUGACCUGAGAAAACAACUAGAUACUUGUCAACAGGAGCUGCUGGCUUGGGAGCAGAAAACAAAGAAGCAGCAGAACUUGAACAUCACACAGGGAUUACAAAGCAUUGGGGAUUUACAAGAAUCUGGCUCAGGCAAUCAUCUUGCUUGCAUGAAAAAGGCCCAAGAGGAUGUGCUGUCUGCUAUGACAGAAAAUGAUUUGAAGUGGCGCCAAAGGGCAAAGCAACACUGGCUCAAACAUGGAGACAGGAACACUCGUUACUUUCAUAUGCAGGCAAGUCAGAGAAGAAAGAUCAAUCUUAUUAAAAGGGUUGAGGACCCACUAGGGAGGACUGUAACUGAGCAAGCAGAGAUUGGAGGUGUAUUCACAGGUUUUUUCUAUUCCCUUUUUGCCUCUACAAACCCCACUAAUUUUGAAAACUGCCUAUUUGCAUUUGGAUCCAAACUGGACUUAGAGAUGCAGGCCUGGUUAAUGACCCCCUUCACCAAAGAACAUAUUAAAGAAGCUAUCUUUCAGAUGAAUCCACUAGGGUCCCCGGGCCCUGAUGGAUUCCCAGCUCAGUUCUACCAAAAGCAUUGGGAGGUGGUGGGUGAGAAAGUGUGUAAUUUUGCACUCAAAGUACUUAAUCAAGGUGGUUCAUUGAAGGAGGUUAAUGAUACUUUCAUUACCCUCAUUCCUAAGGUUAAAAACCCCAAGAGAGUUACUGAUUUCAGGCCCAUUAGUUUGUGUAAUGUGAUUUACAAAAUUGUUUCCAAAACCAUUGCCAACAGGCUGAAGGUUAUUCUACCUAAACUCAUCUCUCUCAACCAAAGUGCCUUUGUUCCCGGGAGACUCAUUUCUGAUAACACACUGGUAGCUUAUGAGAUCUUACAUUCCAUGAACUCAAGAAUGAAAGAAGCCCUCACAGCACUCUUAAACCAAGCUGAUGCCUGUGGUGUCUUGACCCCUGUCCCUAUUGGAAGAAGUCCAAUAUCAGUGAACCAUCUUUUUUUUGCAGAUGACAGCCUGCUCUUCUGCCAAGCUAAAGCUGAGGAACUCAGGCAUGUGCUUAACAUACUUGACAUAUAUGAGAAGGCAUCGGGACAGGUGAUAAACAAAGACAAGUCCUCUAUUUUCUUUAGUAGAAAUACUGGCCAGGCAGCUCAACAACAAAUUUUGGAGCUCACAGGGGUUAAAUCAUGUGGCACCUUUGAUAAAUACUUGGGACUUCCUGCUUUGGUGGGCAGAGCAAAGGUGGCAUCCUUUCAUACUCUUAUUGAUAGAACCUGGAGUCGAGUUUCCAACUGGAAAAACAAAUACCUCUCUGUAGCAGGCAAGGAAGUCCUCCUCAAAGCAGUUCUUCAAGCCAUUCCCACCUAUGCUAUGGGUAUGUUCCUGAUACCAAUCUCCAUCACCAACAAGCUAAAUCAAUUACUCAGGAAAUUCUGGUGGGGCUUCAAUGAAGAUAGUUCCAAAAUUCAAUGGGUAAAUUGGAAGCAACUCAGUCAUAGCAAAGAAAUGGGAGGUCUUGGUUUUCGAGAUCUGAGGAGUUUCAACCUUGCUUUACUCUCUAAGCAAGGGUGGAGAAUUUUACAAAAUCCAAACUCCUUGGUGGGCAGGAUCCUAAAGCAGAAGUAUUUCAGCAAGGAAGGGUUGUUAGAAGCUAAAGUGGGGUCAGGGCCAUCCUUUGCCUGGCGAGGCAUUCAUGCAGGGCUAAGCUUGUUAAAAGAAGGUCUCAUAUGGAGGGUGGGGAAUGGCCAACAUGUUAACAUAUGGUCAGAUAAAUGGCUACCCUUUUCACCUCCAUAUAAGAUUCAGUCUAUCCGAGAGGUGGAUUGUUGGUGUGAAAAGGUUAGUGAUCUGAUUGACCCUCAAGUGCAGCAAUGGAAGGAACCCCUCCUACAAGAGCUAUUCACUCAACAAGAAAUAGCUGAUAUUAAAUCAAUACCUAUUAGCAUGAGGGGGAGAGAAGACAAAUUAGUGUGGCAAUUCACUACAAAUGGGCUCUAUACUGUAAAGAGUGGGUACCAUCUCAGUAAAGUUUUGGAGUGUGCUCAGGAAGGGGAGACCUCAGGUAAAGAAAAAGAAAAACAGGCUUGGAAAACUAUAUGGAAGCUAAGAGUAACCCCUGCUACCAAGAUGUUCCUAUGGAGAGCAUGUAAUGAGGCUUUACCUACUCUAGCAAACCUAAGAAGGAGGAAAGUGGUGGAACACAGUUCAUGCUUGACCUGCAAGCAGGAGGCAGAAACCUCUGGACAUGUUCUGUGGGGAUGCAUUGCUGCUAAAGAUGUGUGGGGUCAGGGAGUGAAAAAGGUGCAAAAGCUAUCCGUGCAAAGUGAUCUGAUCUUUGAUAUAUGGUCCAGACUCGUUGAGAUACUCAGUUUAGAGGAACUAGAAGAAGUGGCAGCAACUAUGAGGGGCAUAUGGACUAGAAGGAACAAUACUCUUCUCGGAAAAGAAUUCAAACACCCAAAUGCCCUCCACCAACUGGCCAAAACAGAACUGGUCUUAUAUAGGGAAGCUCUUGCAGAGGACAUAGGGGCCAAACUCACAACUAAUGCUGGGUUUCCAAGGUGGUCAAAGCCUGAGGAGGGGUUAUUUAAAGUCAAUUGGGAUGCUGCUGUAAAUCAAAAGGACAGGAAAAUUGGAAUUGGAGUCCUCAUCAGAGAUCACCAUGGCCUUUUUAUUGGAAGUUUACAGGCUCACAGAAAUCUCAAAGGAUCUUCUUUUGAUGCUGAGGCAUACGGUUUGCUCCUAGCUGCAGUUUUUUGCAAAGAGGUUGGAAUUACACACUUUUGUCUGGAGGGUGAUUCAAAGCAAGUGGUGGAUUUAUUGAAGAAUUACACAAAGAAUGGGAGUUUGGGUGGCUGCCUGGUAGAAGAUGCAAGAGAGAUUCUGAAUUCAUAUGCUUGUUGGUCAGUUACACAUACAAACCGAGAAGCUAAUAUGGCAGCACAUCAUCUAGCAAAAACGGCUUUUGUUUGCUCAGAGGAUACCUAUGCUUUUGAAACAUGCCCCUCGCAUAUCCUACAUAUAGUCACAAAAGAAAUGUUGUAG